CGCUGAAUCAUCAAACCACCGGUAGAUCACCAGAAUCUUACUAUCUCUCUGCCUGCGCUGGCCUUCCACGCUGAGCGUAGAUCUUGUGCAUCCUCUUGCGCUCCCUAAUUGCGUCGUACUCGUACUCGGAAUCUCCUUCUUCCUCCACUUCAACUCCGGACGAUUCGCUUGAUCCAUCCUCACCGGCGACAUCGUGAUUGCUGUCGCUCUCCCUGUCGUCUGUCCACGUCAAAUUCGUACGAUGACAUGAGCACGCCUAUGUCGCCGUCACCGACGUAGCAGGGCCGAGAUGGACGAAGUUCUUGGGGAGGACCUCCCGCUUCCGCCCACCAAACUCUACGAACGACUUGCUCAAGUCCCCAACUACACCUGGGAUCGUUCGUUUACACCAUUCCAUUCGUCCUACGACCACUGGCAUGUCUUUGGCAUCCUACACAACCCCGAAGUCAUCAACCCUCGGUCGUCCCUAAGUACUCUGACCAGCCUAUCCCUUCCUUCCGGCUCGAACAAGAGUUCCCCUAAACUCGAUGCCCACCGCCCCUCUAUCCGACACCACCACUGGAGCAGCAUCAGUGGUACCUCCACAGACAGCGAAAAUGCAUCUUCAAGAGGCGAACAGGACAUGCUAUGGCAGCCCGUUGUUGCACGCAUUAGUACGCAUGUUGUGCGCCUGGAAAGAGAGUUUCAAUAUAAUCAGUGGAUAAUGAAGGAAUGCGAUCCCGACUGCGCGCACACUGUUCGGCCCAUCGAAAUCUUCAAACUUCCAGCUACGCCCGGCGAUGAACAACCUCUGAUCGCUUGCGUCUACGAAGCGCCCGGAAAGAACUACCUGGGAGAAGUCCUGGAUUUUGGACCGGCCUUCUAUGGAAGACAGACCUAUCGACAAAACGCUGAUGGCACACCGGGCGAACGUAUACCGCUUCAAGCUUUCCUCGACUUUGCCAUCGGGGCUUCGGAAGCGCUUGAGUUGCUACAUCAUGGGGCCAAAAUAAUCCAUGGUGAGCUUCGGGGCGACAGUUUCCACUGGAACCGCGAAACCAACGCGGUUAAGAUUGCAAACGGAGGCAACGGACCUCGGUCUUUCGACAACAUCUUAUCAAGCGAAGGUUGGGCAACGCUGAGUAGAGAACUCGGUGUCAAGACGAAACUACAGUUCAUUGCCCCCGAGCAGACAGGACGUCUCGCUGCGGAUCCUGACAGUAGGACAGACAUAUACAGCCUAGGAGUCCUUUUUUGGACCCUCCUUACAGGACAGCCUGCCUUCGAUGCGGAAACCCCUAUCGAUAUUAUCCAAAGGGUUCUCACGCAUCGCUUGCCCCAAGUCACAGCCAUUCGCAUGGAUAUUCCCGACGCCAUCUCACAUAUCAUCUCAAGGAUGACCCAAAAACAAAUGGAUGAGCGAUAUCACUCUGUGAGUGGACUCAAAUAUGACUUAUUGCAAAUCCAGAAAUUCUUAGGCGAGGGCGAUCAGGAAAAGAUCAAGAACUACAAGGUUGGCCAGCGGGAUGUAUCGUCUUUCUUCAUCCUCCCGUCCAAACAGUUUGGGCGUACUUCAGAGACCGAGAAAAUUACCAAGAUCAUCGAAAAAGCAUAUAAGCGACAUGGCUCUGCAAGUGCCCGUCAUUCGCCUUCACAGCACGGGCUUCUCAGUGCCGCCUCCAACUCUUCAAUCUCGGACGGCCGGCCAGACGGUCCAGAGCAAGGUGAAGGAUCUGAUUCCUCCAGCUCUUAUGGAUUUAGAGAGUCUCGGAGUAAUUCUACCACGAUUGGGCUCGAUGGUCCUUCAUUCACCCCCACUUUUGGCAGUAAGCCCAAUAUUCUGAACAAGCGUCUUCCUGGCUCGCGCGGUGGCCCACUGGACUCUCUGUCUGAUCGCGAUAGCAGUAUGUCUAGCGGUCUGCAAUCAACGCCCGAUAGUAUACCCGGAAUGAUGACAAGGCGCCGCAAUAGUCACAAAUACAAACGGCGCACAAAGACGGAGGUGAUCACGCUUUUAGGUCCUGCAGGAGUUGGAAAGACGGCUCUUAUCAAAGCCAUUCAGCCUUCCAUCCGCCGUCACGGCUAUUUUGCUUUGGGGAGAUUCGACAGAGCUCGACCAUCUCCUUUCGAACCCAUGAUCAAAGUGAUGGCGAGUUUGUUCAGGCAAAUAUUCUCCGAGAAGGAUGUCAACACACCAUAUCAUGAACACCUCCGAGCACACGUUAGUCCGUUUUGGCCCAUCCUGAGUUCUAUGCUGGAUUUGCCCGCCACUUUACUUGAUGUCACGGUGCUUUCAAAGAAGCUCUUAACAAAAGGAGAUACCACCGCCACACAGAGCGUCAAUACAGAGGUGCCCACGAUUGACAGUGGGCAUAAGACGGUAAAUGGGACGGCGAACCAUAAUCUGUGGGACGCAAACGAUUUUCUUCGUGGCCCGGCCAACACUAGAUCUAUACGACUCAUCAAUACCUACAUGGAUGUUCUUCGGACCAUGUGUACAGGCAAGCUGAUCUGUCUAUGUCUAGAUGACCUGCAGGCGGCGGAACCGGAGUCGAUCAAUCUACUGAUGCAUAUUAUCAAGGCUAAGAUCCCUGUUGUUUUGUUAUUAUCAAGUCGUGUGGAAGACGGACAGAUUCCAGAAUCUACGGCGAAGAUUCUCGAGCUUGACUCAACCAACAAGAUCGAGCUUGGAAACCUCCGGGAAAAGUAUGUUUUUGAAUAUGUUGCUGCAACCAUGUCUCAGUCAGUCGAAACGGUGGUGCCUCUCGCUGCGGUGGUGUAUGCGAAAUCUGAGGGCAACCCUUUUUUGUUCAAAGAUAUCUUACAGACGUGUUACCAGCGUGAGUGCUUGUGGUACGACUGGAGAGCUUCAGGCUGGCAAUUUGACUUGGACAAAAUUUUCGACGAAUUUGCCUCGGAUUCACGCUUCUCAGGCACUGAAUAUCUGCAAAGACGUCUGCAAGACAUACCACCUGCUUCAAGAUCCAUCCUUGCUUGGGCCUCAUUAUUGGGAAGCACGUUUUCUUUCAAGUUGAUUCAACACAUUAUGUCCGGGGACUAUUUCUAUAGCAGUGGCAAAGACCAAGCAAAUGAUGCUACUUGUCCCAGGCGCGCCAAACUGUUCAAUCUCUCGGAAUCAGAUUUGGUGAAUGGUUUACAACAAUUGGUCAACGCCUACAUCAUUACCCCAGGGCAAACUGAUGACGAGUUUCGCUUCUCUCAUGCGCGAUAUUUGAAAGCUGCAAAUGAAAUGCGGGAAUGCCAAAAUACAACCAAGAUGCAUUUCAUCAUUGCCCAAACAAUGAUGACCUAUCUGAGCCAAUGCAAGUAUAACCUAUAUCCGUUGUCCCGUCAUAUUUGUCUUUCUGCAGACAUCAUCAAGGAACGCGUCCCUGUACGCAUGCGUUAUCGAGAUGUGCUGUGGCGUGGAGCACAGAAAGCGCUCGAAACAGGAGCACAGCAAACUGGUUUAUGGUAUUAUAAAAGCGCUCUCAAACUGCUACAGGACGACAAAUGGAACAGUGAUGACCCUGACGUAUUCUACGAUGAGACUUUGCAAUUGACCGUUAACAGCGCCGAGGUGAUGUUUUUGCAGGGUGAAGUAGAAGAAGCUCUGGCACUUCUUGAGGAUACCUUUGAACAUGCACGGUGUUCGGCGGACAAGACAAGGUCGUACAUCCUCAAAGGUCGGAUUCUAUCAUCUCUGGGUCAAUACCUUCCUGCUUUUGAGGCGCAUCGGGAGUGUUUGGCUGGGCUUGGUCUGCCAUUGCCCGAAAAGUCUUGGGAGGAGUGCGAUCUUGAUUUCAAGAAGCUGGAAUUUCGUCUGAGAGAGGUCAACCGAGAAGAACUCAUUUCCCGGCCCCUCAGUGACGACAAGACUGUAAUCGCCCUGGGAACUCUCCUGAGUGAAGCUCUGGGAGCCCUCUACUGGUCAGACGCCCUGUUGUGGUACCAAUUGGUCACCGCCUACAUUUCGGCUGUGCUGGAUCGUGGCGCAUUCCUUCAAGCAGGACUAGGCUUUUCAAUGAUGGGCGCCGCAGCGAUUGGUCGCUUCAAAGACAUUGAACUGGGUCUAUUCUGUGGUGAAAUUGCUCAAGAGUAUUUCACUCUUUACGAUGACCCUUGGACUCGCGGCAGAGGAUGGACCUUGUACACCUUGUUCAUUGGCCAUUUUCAGACUCCUAUUCGCAACCUCCUUCCCAUCCUCGAUAACGCUCUCGAAUACUCACUGUCGUCAGGAGAUCGGUUUGUAAGCAUCCUGAAUAUCGGCGUGAUGGCUCUCUCGAGACUCUGGGCAGGACAGGAUUUGUCUGAAGUGGAAGCUUUUUGCAAUUAUGGACCAGAAGAAUUUGAGGAUUGGGAACAUGACCACCGAGGUGGUACACUCUUGAUUAUAACCCGACAGGUCGCUCGAGCAUUGCAGGGUAAGACGGGCAUUGAGAACGUUGACACGGUCCUCGACGACGAACAGCACAAGAGAGAUCAGUGGUUAGCUGAAUGCGGAAAAGCUGCCAACCCGGAGCGACCACGAGAUAUUUACCAGGCCGUAGGCUUACUCGUCUAUGCUAUCUUAGGCUAUCACGAGUUUGUGGUUGAAACCGGCACAGCGUUACUAGGCACCGGCUUGGACGAACUGUGGUCUAACAGACCAGCAUAUGGUGCACGAUUUGCCCUGGGCCUAUCGCUUUUGGCUAUCGCUCGAAAUAAGCCCGAGGAGGAGCGUGGGCCGUACAUCGAAAAGGCGAAGAUCAUGAAGCGAGACAUUGAUGAGCUGGGCAAAGUCAAUGAUGUCAACUUUUACGCCUGGUCACGCCUUCUCGAGGCUGGCAUCUGUGAAUUGACAGGUGUAUAUGCUGGCAUCAUCUCAAAUCUCGAGGCAGCUGUGGACCACUGCCAAGUGCACGGAUUUGCUUUGGAGGAGGCUCUUGCUAUCGAAAUGCAGGCAGAGUUUCUCCUUGCCAAAGGUGCGAAGAGGGCCGGCAAGGUUAUGAUCCAAGAAGCCAUCACUGCUUGGAAUAGAAUCAAUGCCACAGGCAAAGCAAAACAACUCUCGGACAAGCACGAGUGGCUGAUCAAGACUGCAACCACGUCACGGACAGUGGAAGCGACAACGCAGACAGAAGAUCUUGCUCUGCCUGUGUCGGAAGAAGCCCAGGCUCAGAUCAAGAGGGAGUACACCACCGCCUGGGUGCAGCCUAAGGGAACAGGCGCAACGCAAACGUCGCAAGAUGUGCCUGGGCUAGGUCUUGACAUCUUGGACCUUACCUCUAUCCUUGAAUUCUCCAGGGUUAUCAGCUCCGAGUUGCAGAUCAACAACCUGCUGUCCAAGAUGAUUUCAGUCAUUCUGGAGUCCGUUGGAGGACAGGCAGAGUUCUGCGCCAUUGUCAUAGACUCGGAAGAUCAAGGUUGGUGUGUCGCCGCCAGCGCGGAUCAUGAGACUGGUGUCAAAACAUAUCCCGACGGCAUUCCAUUUUCCGAAGUUGAUGAUCAGGCGGCGCAACAGAUCACGCAUUAUCUGCUUCGCACCAAGGAGACUGUUUUCGUGCAGAAUGUGCUUGAAGAUGACCGUUUUUCCAACGUCGGAGAUGCAUACCUGGCUCGAAAUCCACAGGGGCGGUCCAUUAUUGCAAUCCCGAUCAUACAAGCCGACCAUCUUAUGGGAGUGAUUCAUCUAGAAGGGCGACCAAAUGCUUUCACGCAACGGAACAUGAUUGUUCUAAACCUUUUAACGAACCAAGUCGCUAUAUCUCUCGGUAAUGCUCUUCUAUAUCGAAAGGUCCGAAAAGUUAGCGCAUCCAAUGCCAGCAUGGUCGAAUCGCAGAAGCGUGCUCUUGUAGCUGCACGCGAGGCCGAAGCUAAGGCAAAGAAAGCAGAGGCUGAGGCAAUGCACAACGUCAAAUUGAAAGAAGAGGCCGCCAAGGCCAAGUCUAUAUUCCUCGCCAAUGUUAGCCACGAACUUCGGACGCCGCUUAAUGGUGUAAUUGGCAUGUCAGAACUCCUCAAAGGUACUCCCUUGAGCAAAGACCAAGAGCAGUAUGCCGAUAGCAUUCGCGUCUGCGCGGAUACUCUCUUGACUGUGAUCAACGAUAUACUUGACUUCUCUAAGCUGGAGGCAGGCAAGAUGCAGAUGUUCACAGUACCUCUCAAUCUCAAGGAGACCAUUACUGAAGUGGUAAGAGCUUUAGCCUACACAAACCAGGAACACGGUCUGCAAACUAUCGAGGAUUUGCAGAUCGACGACGGCCUGGUGCUCGGUGAUCCAGUGCGACUACAUCAAAUCUUCAUGAACUUGUUAAGCAACGCUUACAAGUUUACGCCUCAAGGAUCAGUCACUGUCAGGGCACGUAAGAAUGCUGAGUCGCGAGACAGAGUCAAGAUCACCUGCUCUGUAGCCGAUACUGGCAUCGGUAUAACGCAGGAACAACUCGCCCGACUAUUCCAGCCGUUCUCCCAAGCGGACUCAUCCACUGCUCGAUCAUAUGGUGGGAGUGGUCUCGGGCUGAGUAUCUGUAAAGCCAUGAUUGAGAACGUGCUUGGUGGUAAGAUUUGGAUUGAGUCUACACCCGGCGUCGGCACGACCGUCUCAUUCACUUUGACAUUCCAAAAGGCACCCAAGGACAGCAGCGUGCCUAACGAUAUGAGGAUCGCAGCCAAAGAUCCUGAUCCAAUGGCCAAUUGGUCGCAAGCAGCCAGUCCCGAGACCGAACAAAAAACUAUUAGCUUCUGCGACUUGUCCAAGGUACCUCGCGAGGACCUUCGUGUGUGCAUUGCCGAGGACAACCAGAUCAACCGAAAGAUUGCCAUUUCCUUUGUCAAGAAAAUCGGACUCAACUGCGAGGCAUACGAGGACGGCAAACAAGCAUAUGAUGCGUUGAGGGCUCAAAGUAAAGAAGGCAAACCUUUCCAUCUGGUACUCAUGGAUGUUCAAAUGCCGGUCUUGGACGGUUAUGAGGCGACGAAGGCGAUUCGAGCCGACCCUGAUCCCAAUGUCAGUCAAGUUCUCAUCAUUGCCAUGACUGCGUCAGCUAUCCGUGGCGAUAGGGAAAAGUGCUUGGAGGCAGGAAUGAAUGAUUACCUGGCAAAGCCGGUGCGGCAGACAGCAUUGAAAGCCAUGAUCGACGAAUACCUCAACAACACCAAGCUGGCUGCCGAUGUCGCAACAAAUGGAUCGACAAGCAUGACGCCUAGAGACAAGCUCAAUGGGAUGUUGGGAGAAGAAGCUUCCAAGUCCAUCAAGACGAUGGCCAAUGGAGAUUUCCCAUCACCUCCCGGCGAAAAACCCAGAUCCAGACGGCCAUUCAAGAGGGUGAUGAAAAAGGUCGAUACCGCGGUUGCGGAAGUGAAAGAAACCCUUAACCGAAGUGAUAGCCCUCCAAGUGGGAAACGGGAAACGGACGAGUUGGGCAAGAUCAGCAGUGACAGCGUUCCACCGAAAGACUUUAUGCUCGUGGGAAAUCCUACUGUUGAUGGAAUACGCACAGUACUAAAUGGAACCGAGGCUGCGUCUGGAGAUGGUGGGGAACGCCCUGUGUUCACUCAGAGUCCGGCACCACUCGGUGGUGAGGCCAAUGGAAGUAGAUAGUCGGGAACUCGUGGCGAGCAGGGAAGUGGUAUUGUCUUUUGGCGAAAUCAAACUAUGACUGUAUGAAAUGUUCAAGGUAUGGGAAGCGAUAUUCAUCAAAAACUAAAGGGGGCAAUGUUCUGAGCGAUAUUCGGGUACCUUCGGCGCAGGGUUGGUGUUGGAGAGAAACCUAGUCUAGUUUCAGCAGUGCAUACACUUAUGCAUACUGUAUUCACAGUAUGCUUGGGACUAGGGAUAUUGAUUGAUGGAGUAUCUUCACGUUUGGGCAAGCGAAGCCAGCGCCACGGGGUUCCAGCAAUAUCGUUUGUAUUCGUUUAGUCAACGACAGCAGCGGGAAACAGGCUCUGUUGGCCGUCGACACCUUCAAUUGAUAUCAGUAUUAGUAUGUUAUAGAUUUUCCGACCAAGAUCGAC